UUCUUUCAAACAACUUUUACCUCUUCUCAAUCUCGAUCUCAAUCUCACAUUUCCAAGCACUGAUAGAAAACACAAAAAAUCUCACACUGAGAAGUAGUAGUAGUAGUGAGUAACAAUUGAGAAUGAACAAAGGUGGAGCAGGAGGGUUAGGUGGUGGUUCCGGCGCCGGAAGCGGACCCACGGCGGCGGCCGCUGCGGCGGCGGCGCAGAAGCAGAAGACGCUGCUGCAUAGAGUCGAAGGUGAUAUCGCCAACAUCGUCGACAAUUUCAGCCACCUCGUCAACGUUGCAAGGGUAAAUGACCCACCAGUUAGAAAUUCACAGGAAGCUUUUAUGAUGGAGAUGCGUGGUGCUAGGAUGGUCCAGGCAGCUGAUUCACUAUUGAAGUUGGUGUCAGAGUUGAAGCAGACUGCAAUAUUUUCUGGAUUUGCCUCUCUUAAUGAUCAUGUAGAACAAAGAAGGAAUGAAUUUAAUCAGUUGGCAGAAAGAACAGAUCGCACGUUAUCCAAUAUUGGGGAGGAAGCCGCUGCUAGCCUAAAAGAACUUGAAUCUCAUUAUUCUUCUUCUGCGCAAAAGACUUUGCAAAACUUGCAACCAUAGUUGAGAAUCUAUGAAUGCAGUGUGCAUAGUCUCUUUUAGUAUAAUAGUUUUUUUUUUUUCUUGGUUUGAAAUCUUUACAAUAUCCUUGUACUGUAUAAUCUCUUCAUUGAGAAAAUUGAAAAACAAAUUAGUUGCAUUCAUUUUGAAUCUUUGGAUGUAAUUAGCAUAUUAGAAAGGGGCAAAAUCUUUGGUUCACUCUUUCAUGGGAUUACAAUUUCUGAGGUGCAAGCAAUUUCAAAUGAAUUGACUAUCUUAAUAAAAUUGUCAUCUGAAAUUGUUUAGGACAUGUUGGAGCUAGACUGUGAGAGUAUGAUUAAAUAUGAUAGAAUAUGAGAAGACUUUUGUAUUAA